AUGCCUCCCGAUCUCAACUCUCUUCCGCCCUCACCAACCCUACGACGCACCCCCGACGAUACAAUGACUGCGAGCGACAACCAGCCAUCUCCGCACUCGCCCUCGCUGUCGUCGCUCCAAGCAGCUGCAACCAUCAAUGCCGGCAUGCGCAACUCGAACUCUCCACGGGCCAGCGCCACACAACGCAGACGAUCCAGUCUAUUGGCCAACCUGCAUCUCAAUGAUGCCCAAAUCCCCGGCCCCGGAGAGAUGCAAGAUUCCCAUCACCACCGUGCCCCUAGCCUGGGUCAGAUGCAUCAGGACCUGGAGAACGAGCAGGAACACCAAGUCAAUAGACUGCUGCACAUGAUCCGCCAGCAGCAAGACCAGAUCGAUGAGCUGCACGGCGAUCACUCUACUGCUCCAGUCUCCGACUUCGACACCAGGCCGCGCACUCUGUCCAGCUCGAGCAGACAGCAACCGCUGCCCCAACGUCCAGUCUCGUUAUCGCGCCACUCUUCUCAGGCCGUCUCCGUCACAAGUGGUCCCCGAAGCAGUAGCAGAUCUCCCGCUCUUCGUCCUAUUACCUCACCAUACGAGCAUCAACGCGAAGACUUCCUGCUCGGCCCAACUCGCGACGAGAGCGCUUUCUACCAAGCUGAGACCCAGAUGUUGACCCGCGAGAACCAAAUGCUCAAGGCCCGUAUCCGUGAACUCGAACGUCAACUGGCCCACCCAGACUCAUCACCUACACAUCACCAACCACCCACACCUCACAGUCCUGCCGUCAUCUCCCCUUUGACGAGCCCACCUAUUGUCUCUGAGCCCGCUCGCCCACCUCAGCAAAGUCAACAAUGA